AUGUCAGGACUAUCAGUAGGAGGCUUCAUCGGCAUCGUAAUUGUCAUUCUCAUCUUGAACGUUGGGGGAGUGAUCGGAUACUACAAGUUCACCGAAAAGAACCCUGAUAAGGCCGUCUCUGUCAAUCUAGAUUCGGGAUUAGUCCCCAAGAUCAGAUAUGGUCUAUUGGGACUCAUUCUACUUUCCUGGAUCUUUUCCAUUGCCUGCACCACUGCGUGUACCUUUAUCGAGGUCGAGCAAAACACUAAGGUGUUUUUGGGAAUGGGUUCCCAGUACAACACCAACUAUUCAGGCAAAUUCUACUUGGGACUGCGAGGUGCUGAGUAUGGUGGAGAAUGCACGACUGGUGACAUGGGCGAAGAUCGUAUCCGAACGGCCUAUGCCUUUGGCGUCAUCAACAAUCUUUUGACGACUGCCGCAUUGAUUGGUGUGCCAUUGGUGUUGUUCAAUGUCAUCAAGAAUGCCGAAAUGGCCACCAAGAUUUGGAAAAUCAUGGGAUUCCUCAUGCUCGCAUCUACAUGGUGCUGCCUAUUUACCUUUUACGUCCAGCAAACUGGCGCCUGUGAUGGAAUUAAUGAUUUUGUCGAGAUUGAAUGUUCGUUGGGUGGAGCAGGAAUCGCCCAAGUCUUCAAUUCCAUCUUCUUGAUUGGUAUCUGUCUGCUAUUCUUUAUCCUUCCACCACCAGCGGUAGAAAGUGCAGACAGCAACGAAGCUAACAAGAAGGGCAAGGAUGGCGAGGAGAAAAAGGAGAAGGCCCCUGAUGAAGAACCAACCAAGUCCAAGGACGACAGCAGCGAAGAAGAAAAAGAAGACGAAGAAACCGGAGAAAAGGGUGAUUUUGUCAAUGCCAAGGAAGAGGACUAA